AUGUUUGUGUCUCUGCCCCUGCAGCUGUCCUGCCCUGUCCUUGGGGGGGGGGGAGACAUGGGGCAGACAUGCAGCAGGUUAGUGUCUGUCCCUGUGCUUCAGGUUUGUGUCUGUCCCUGUGCUGUAGGUUUGAAACUGUCCCUGUGCUGUAGGUUUGUGUCUGUCCCUGUGCUUCAGGUUUGUGUCUGUCCCUGUGCUGUAGUGUGGUGCAGGCUGGAGCUGAGCGUACAGGACAGUGUGGAGGUUCUCCUGGGGGCCCCUGCUCUCGUCCCCUGUGACUUCAGCUUCAGCGACAGCCAGGGGCCCCCCUUCGUCAUGCUGCAGUGGUUUGUGCGGUCUCCAGGGAACAGGUCUCGCUCUCGGAUCUUCUACGGUGACGGCGAGCUGCAGCUGGUGGAUAAUAACACAGAGUACAGCGAGCGAGUGGAGGUCAGCUCUGGGCAGAACCACAGCCUCCUGACCAUCAGGGACGCCCGGCUGUCGGACCAUCAACGAGAGUUCUUCUGCCAGGUCAACGGGCUGGCGGCGGGCAGCGCAGAGGGCAAGAGCACCCUCAGGGUCUAUGCUCCUCCAGAAGCUCCGGUCAUCGAGGCGGUUCCUCAUGGGAUCUCUGUGACUGAAGAUCAACCAGCAAAGGUUGCUGUGUGUGAAGCUCAGAAUGGUUUCCCCAAACCCAACAUCACCUGGUACAAGAACGGAGAGCAGCUGGAAACCAGUCCUGGAGAGGUGAAGUUCCUGGUGCUGCACUGGCGCGCCUCUUCUGGUCUCUUCACGGUACAGAACACUCUGAUGGUGCGAGUGGUGAAGGAGACCAGAGACGCCGUGUUCUCAUGCCGUGUGAGCUUCAUGGUCCCAGGAGGCGUCCGCAGCCUGGUGUCCAGCACCAUCAACGUCACAGUGCACUACCCCACGUCGAUGGUGGAGUUGUGGACAGAGUCUCCUCCUGGUCUGCUGCGAGAGGGGGACACUGUGGAACUGCGCUGCCAGGGAGACGGACACCCCCCACCCACCUUCAUCUUUACCAGGGAACAACAGCCGGAUGUCCCGUUGGACAGCAGAGGCGACGUCCUGGUCCUGUCUUCUGUGUCCCGUAAAGACAGUGGUCUGUAUCAAUGUCGUCCUGGAAAUCCACACAACUCGUCUGAAGUCAAAGGAGAAGUACAACUCACCGUCCACUACCUGGAUUCUGCGGUGGUGGUGCCUGCAGAGACUGAGAUCAUGCUGCGAGGUGAAGACCUGACCGCCACCUGCAACGCCCUGUCCUCCCUGCAGACCAGCACUGUCUGGUACAAGGAAGGCCGUGUGGUUGGUUCUGGUCCCAGUCUCUUGCUGCAGGACGCCUCUUACCACACUGCAGGAGAGUAUGUGUGUGAGGUCACGGUCCCCACUCUGCCCUCUCUGCACACACAGAGCAGAGUCCACAUCCUGGUGCACGGCUCUCCUCAGAUCCAGAGCCCAGAGCAGGACCUGCAGUUGGAGCAUCCCACUGGAAGGGUCCUGAACCUCAGCUGUGAGGCCCAAGGAUCCCCCCCUCCUGCUGUGACCUGGAGCCUCCCCCCAGGACAGAUCUUUGAGGAAGUGCUGUCUCGCUCCUCCUCUCACUCCUCCCUCAGUGUGGUGUCGCUCUGGGUCAGAGCAGACUUCACUGCUGUGUGUAACGCUUCCAACGAACUGGGAUCAGACGCAAGAAUCUACACUGUCUCAGCAGUUCCCAUGGUAACGUCUCCUGCUGCCUUCUCUCCAGCAGAGGGCAGUGGUGUGUUCAUUGUGGUCAUCAUCCUGGGGCUUCUUCUGCUCGCGGUGCUUGGCAGCAUCAUCUACUUCCUCCACAAGAAGAACCGCCUUCUCUGCGGCCGCUCGGGAAAACAGAGCAUAACCAAAGAAAAGAGCAGUUCUAAGGAGAUCGUGGUUGAGAUGAAAACUGAGGAGUCUGUUCUGCUCAAAGCUGUGAACGGGGACAAGAAGACUCCAACUGAACAGUGA